AGCUUCACGCUCAGCAAGUACGAGGACCGUGCCUUCACGCGCGAUGCACGUGGCUACCGUCCUUCUCCGACAUUUCGCCGGCUGGAGUAGUAGCGUGGCACGACGAGCACUUCUGCCCGUACCGUCGUCCGUCUCGGCCCUGCACGUCCUCUCCUACCACCCAGUUGUUGCGGUACCCAAGCUGGGUAGGCUCCGCAUCAAUGUGACAAGUCUCGCCUUAAUGGCCCGCGCCGCGCUUUGGCGAUAUCUCUCUCGGGCCAGUUUCGACAUGGACCGGGUUCAGAUCAGGCGCAACGCGUCUGUUGCUCCGCUCUACGAGGAUGCCAUCCGAAAUGAGGAUGUCGUCAUCUCUGCGAGGGGUUCGUUGAUCAACAUUUCGUCCACCUCCCCGUACACGACCCGCCCGUCCCCCGGACUGCGCCCCACACGUUCGAGAUCAUCGAUCAACCGUGAGCGUGCCGUUGACUACCUCAAUACCUUGGACAACAUCUAUGCCUAUGACGGGUCAUCUGCGCGGGCUUAUCACGGUCUGUUCAUGGCAAGUCGUCCUUGUGCCUCGAACCGCCACGUCGGGCGCUGGCAUCACGCCCCGCAGAACAACAUGCUCAUCCGUCCGACGGAGGAAGAGCUGAAGGAUUCCGGCGAGCCGGACUACAACGCGGGCGAGCUCCCGGUGAACCGUUUCACGAAGGGCUCGUCAUCGGCAUCAACUACGCAGCUCCCGCUGCACUCGUCUCCCAACAUCGGCAUCGAGGCGCCAACUGAGCUCGUCGAGGACGCUGCACCUGUCCGCCGACAAUCGUCUCAAUUUGUGUACCUCCGGAUCUGCGGCUCGACAGGCCCACUCGACCAUCUCCUCCCUCCACAGUUGCUCCAAUAUCUACACCGCUCAUCGGUCAUGCGCUGUUGACAG